GGUCCGCUGUGGAGGUUAGUUCGAAUGUGUACAGAAGAAGCUAUGACUUGAACUCGCGUUUUAAGUGAAACAUUCACAUCGAAUUUCACGGUUCGUAUGUAAUCUUCAUGUUACUUGUUCUUACUGAAUCAUACAAACUACUACAACGAAUAUUCUGCUAAACUGAUUUGUUGAAAGAUCAAAUAUUCUAUAACGAAAAGAGGUAAAUUUGUAAUUCAGCAACGUUUAAUACGUUUAAACAAUUUUAUGAACAAAAGAGUGUGUGUUUUAGAAACUACUAGGUGACAAAAGUGUGUUAUGAUCGUGUGAAAUGCGCACCUGUGUGAAUUCUGAAGUACAGACUACUUCCUGUGCUUGAUGACGACCCACAGGUGGUAGUGACGAAGGAAGACGGCCAACCCAUGCAGCUCAUAAAAAGACAAUGGCGUCUGCGCUUCGCACCUGGCUGGGUGUCCUCUCAGUUCUCUUACAUCAAGCAGUGCGCGGGCAGAUCCCCGACAACAGAUGCUUCUUGGAGAGCGGGGGUUCUGCCGAGAGCUUCUUUGUCAGCGAGGACCAACCGGUAGGGGCUGUGAUCGGAGUUCUACGAAUUUACGGUGACCCAAGUGACCGUGGGGGUAACAUAGUCCUCAGGUUAAAAGAGCUGGACAGUCCGGUGAGAAUUGUCCCGGGAUCGAAGAACCUAACUCUCACUCGACGCCUGGACAAAGAGGGCGUGGACGGCCCUUCUUCUGUGUAUGUCAACGUGAUCUGCGACAGGAAGAGAGCCGCGGACCCGGGAUUUGUGAUUCCUGUAAACAUCAGAGUAACAGACGCGAAUGACAACGCGCCACAGUUCAUAAACGCCCCGUAUGUUCUCAACAUCUCGGAGGUGACAGUAGUGGGCACGCGGGUCCUCCAGGGUGUGCGGGCCGUUGACGCUGAUCAACAAGGGCCUUACUCUACUGUCCAGUAUUCUGUAUUGCCCGGCCAACAUGCGGAUUAUUUCGUGUUCGUGAACGGGCUGGAAGGUACCCUGCUGCUCCGCAAGCCACUCGAUUAUGAGACCCUGUCCAACUUCUCUGUCGCCAUCAGAGCACAAGACCAAGGCUCCCCCCCGCAAUUCUCGGACACGGUUCUGUACGUCAACAUCAUCGACGCCGACGAUCAGAACCCACGAUUUUAUGAUGAUCGAUACACUGCAAUACUUCCUGACAAUCCGACGCAGGGAACGCGUCUGUUGAUACAGCCUCGGGACAUCGCUGCCUAUGACCAGGAUCUCGGGAUCAACGCUGCCAUAUUCUAUACGUUCAAUUCGGGAGGAGCAGACUACAGGUACUUCGACAUAGACCGUAACUCUGGCCACGUGACCAUCAAGAGAACCAUUCCGGACGACGACCUAAUACAACCAGCAACGCUUGUUGUCAGGGCAACUCAGUACGAUAACCAAGAUAGAUACGCCCUGGCCACACUGACGGUAAGCCGAGCAGGAACAGUUCCCAGAGAACUGCAGUUCCUACAGAAGAAUUACCUUGCUGGUGUCCUGGAGAACGCCCCUGUCAACAGUAUCCUGCUCGCUGUCGUCACGAACAAACCCCGAGACAAGAGACUUCGGUUCUGGCUUGAAGGUACUGUGCCCCCGGGCAUGUUCAGCGCAAGUUCUGCUGGAGACAUAAUCCUGAGGCAACCUCUAGACUAUGAGAAGGUGGAUUUCUACAGCUUUCUCGUACACGUCACUGACGGAAAAACGAAUGAUACAGCAAGGGUCAAUAUUUCUGUACUGAAUGUCAACGACUGGGAACCAAGGUUCCGCUACCCGCAGUACGAGUUCUUCAUCUCGAACUCCGGCGUGUCUCCCGGCGACAUUAUUGGACGAGUUGAGGCAGCAGAUGGUGACAGAGGCGACUUCGUCACGUUAACACUCCGAGGACCAGGAGCCAGAAUGUUCGACAUAAGUGAGACGGGUGACAUCAUUCUUGUGGACAUGACACUUCUCAACGGCAGUACAGUACACAUGAUGGCUGUGGCUACAGACAAUGGGAUACCUCCUAGACAGACGGCAGUUCCUGUUGUCGUGCACUUCCCGGAGAGCGUGGUGCAGACCGCCGGAAGUGCCAGCUUCCUGCUCAUGGUAGUGUUCGGAUCUCUGCUCGCCGUCCUUGGACUCAUCAUCAUCAUGCUCAUCAUCUACAUCUACAAGCACAAAAGGCAAAAAUCCGGGAGCAGUCCAGGAACAAAAGGCUACAUGAAUAACCCAAUACAACAUGAGAAGCUCUCCUCAGGAGGGGAAGGCAAAGUGGAGAACCCCAUGUUCCACGGCCAGCAGGAGGGUGGGCCCUUCCAGACCGCCACAGUGAAAAGCAUAAUGGCAAGAAAUACUUCCUCGAGAGGAAGCAUAAGAGGAAGCUGUGCAAACCCUUUCGCCCAGGGACUGGGUUCUGCCAAACAUAAAGUGGCGCCAGCUCCACCACAACUGCCAGACGACGCUAGAACAUCGACGCCGACCGUCGACAACAAUAACCAACCGAAGAAUGGAGUCGCUUGGCCAAGCGGCUCAAUCCCUCGGCGAGUCAAAAAACUCAGCUGGGACGACGAAUCUUCCCAGCAGAGAAAGCUUGCAAUGGACCCAGAGGUGAGUGUCACGCCACUCACAGCGCAAGAGCAGCAGUCCUCGGACCAGAUGAACCUCACGGUUUAUUUCUAGCACCAGCAGAACACAACUAAGCAGCUUCGCCCAAAGACAAACUCAGGAACAAUUCGGUUAUUCGCAAAUGCUUCAGUGGUAAGAGAAGGGAAAGUGCAGUGACAGAUCAAGAAAUGAAAGUGCAAAGUUACUGACAAACAAGUGACAGUGAGAAAGGAUGGGAACCGAAACAUGAUAAACAACAAUGGGAGAAGUAAUGAAACAAUUUCUGAAAUCGGGACCCACUGCUCCUUUCUUCAUAAUGUGGUGUGACGUGACAAAAUAUUCCAGUGGAUCUGCGUGAAGAGUUCAGCUUUGCAUGCUGAUUAUGCUGCACAGUUAAACGCUAGUUCAAGUAGGGUGAUCACUGCACUGGCAUGGAACCGACAGGCACUAAUUUGACAUUAGGCCUCUAAGUGUUCAUUUCUGUAAGGAGUAAAUUUCUCUUCAACCUGGUCUACAAUUCCAGGUCAUCAUAGCUGAGCCUUAGCAGUGGUAGGUUUAAGAUAUGACCACUUCCACAUCUUCAGGUGUGAAAAUCACUUGUUAGAGAGCAGAGUAAUAAUUGGAUUUGUUGAAAUGCAACAUUUUCAAAAUUUAACAAAACCCUUAACUCUGCUUGAAUAUUUCUGGGUCAGUUUGUAGGCGAGUUUGCAGCCCUGCAGAAUACCCAUUAAGUUCGACGUCUGCCCACCCUUUGCAUGAAACUACUCGAGAACCAUUGGAAGGAUCUUCAAGAAACUCGAUAUUGGAUAUUUUUACGGAAAAUGAAGCAGCUGCUUCAAUUUUCAUUUACAUCUGACACGAUUAACGACCACUAAACCUGAAGACCUAAAAUUGUUCCUGCUCUUACGUUGACCGUAACUACUUAAUAUUUAUUGAAGGGAAAUUUGCUUAAAAUGAAUCUUGUAGAGGCAAAUUACAUACAUAUGAAGUACAAUGUACUCGUAUUUUAUCGCAGUUUUCAAAAUUAAAUUAAAGCAAUAUUAUGGGUAUAUUG